AUGACCGAUACAUCAAAGUGCACAUUCGUCACCUCAGAAUGCCCCGUCGAGGCAACAACAUACGGUUAUAGACCAAAUCUAGGCGCAAACUUAUUCUUCGCCAUUCUCUACGGCCUAUGCGGAUUAUACAGCCUGAUCAUCGGGAUCAAGUCACGACAAUGGACAUUCACCAUUGCCCUUGCGGGAUGCAGCUUCAUUGAAUUAGCAGGCUACAUCGGCCGAAUUUUGAUGCAAAGCAACCCAUGGACUGAGGGAGGAUUCGAUGUACAGCUUGUUUGUCUGAUUGUCGCCCCGUCAUUCAUCGCUGCGGGUAUCUACUGGUCGCUAAAGCAUAUCGUGCUCUACCUCGGACCUGAAAAGUCGCGUUUGCCGCCUCGUUUCUAUCCGCGAAUUUUCAUCGGUUGCGAUAUUGCUUCGAUCUUGAUUCAAUUCGCCGGUGGAGGUAUGGCUGUUUCUGCAAGUGCAACUAAGACAAAGAAGCUUGAUGCUGGGAAUAAUCUGAUGAUUGCUGGUAUUGCUUUCCAGGUUGCUACUAUGGGCAUUUGUGGAUUGCUUGGGAUUGACUUCGCCUUUCGUCUGUACCGACAGGGACGGUCUUCCAGAUUUGAGGAGAAGCGGUCGAAGAAAGAGGCGUUGCUGUUCAAUCUUUUCUGCGCCGGGGAGAUAUUUGCUUAUAUCACUGUCCUGAUCCGUUGCAUUUAUCGUCUUCCGGAGAUGGCUGAAGGUUGGGCCAAUAGUUUGAUGCGGAAUGAGGUCGAAUUUAUGGUCUUGGAUGGGAUGAUGGUCGCCUUAGCCGUCGUCACUCUUACAAUCUUCCAUCCUUAUUUCACCUGCCCAUUUGUUCGCAAGUAG